AUGGCUGUCCGAGCCAAGUACUUGUGCCGCCACCUGCUGCCUCUCAGGGUUGCUCCGAGGGAGGUGGCUGUGCUACUGUGCAACAAAUCGAAUGCAUUUUACAACCUUGGGAAAUGGAAUGAAGCCUACCUCACUGCCAAGGAGUCUCUGCAGUGGGAUCCAAACUACGUGAGGGGAUACUACCAAGCGGGCUAUUCCUUGCUACGGUUGCUCCAGCCUUACGAAGCUGCUCGCAUGUUUUUUGAGGGGCUGCGACUUCUCCAGAACAGCCAAGAGCAAGGACAGAUUCCCGAUUUCCUUAUUGGGAUCUUCACCACUAUGAGCAGUGACUCCAUUGUUUUGCAAAGUUUCUUGCCCUGCUUCGAUCAUCUUUUCACUGCUGGAUUUUCAACACAAGUGUGGCAGUGUGUAAUAGAAAGGUUGGCGAAGAAAGGAUUGUGGCAUUCAUUUCUACUUCUGUCGGCAAAAAAAGACCGACUACCAAGAGAGAUCCAUGUCCCAGAGCUGUCAAUGAAAAGCCUCUUUGAGAAAUAUGUCCUCAUUGGACUUUCCGAGAAAAUGGAACAAGUGCCCAAGUUAGUCCAGUGGCUCAUCUCCAUCGGUGCCAGCCUUGAGACCAUAGGACCUUACCCUCUGCAUGCUCUUAUGCAGCUCUGCAUCCAAGCAAAAGAAAACCAGCUUUUCAGGUGGCUAAUGAAGCACAAGCCCCAGUGGAAAGGCCGAAUCAACCAGAAGGAUGAGAGCGGCUGCACGGUCCUGCACGUUGUCGCUGGGAACACCCCGGGAUACGACGUGAAGCGACAAACGGAAGACGUGCAGAUGCUCCUGCACUUUGGCGCAGACCCCUGUCUGCUGGAUCGCCAGUCUCGCUCCACAGUGGACGUCCUGAAGAGGAAUAAGAACUUCAGAGCCAUCGAGAAAAUCAACAGUCACUUGGGAAGACUGGCCACGUGUUCUAAGGGCCUGUCAGGCUUCGGCAGUGGCCAUGGCCUCACCAAUGACGCUGAGAGUUUCCGGAAGACCACCGAGCAGCUGGUGAAGUACAUGAACUCGGGCAAGCGGUUGUCGCGGAAGAGCAUUCUGAAGCAGCAGGUGGUUCAGAGGUUCCUGCGCCUGCUCUCCUCUCUGCGAGAAAUUCCUCCUGACCUGGUCUGUGACAUCAAUCAAGACUGUGCCAACACCUUCAUCAAGUUCUUACUAGCGAAGCGGAAGUGGUCUGAAGUACUCCUGCUGCUGGCCGGCAGAGCCCGCGGGGAGCUGUCCCCUGGAGCCGGCCUCAUCAAAGACUGCAACCUCUCAGACCUCAAUAUCUGUGCCGUCAUCCCCCACCUCAGUGCCUGGGACCAGCGGAAGACCCAGCUUCUGGGCUGCCUGAUAGAUUGUGGAGCCUUACCCGACGGUCUCCAGGGAAGCAGCGAGAGGCCACUUGGCGUGUGCCUGAAGCGUGAGGACUUUGAUCUGGCUUUUCUUCUCCUGAGCAAGGGUGCAGAUCCUGGUGGCGUGUCUCUCAAGGAAGGUGACACUCCAUUACAUGCGGCACUCCAUAUCUUUCUAGAAAUUAAAGAGGACAUCGGUUUUAACUUCCUCAGUUACCUGCUGAAUCUGUUUUUGACCAACCCGAUCAAAUUUUGCUACCUCAACCCCAAUGUCCAGGAUGGCGAUGGGAACACCCUGAUGCACAUCCUGUUUCAGAAGGGCAUGCUGCAGCACAUGAAAACGCUGCUAGAGCUGCUGGUGAAGUUUGACAUCAACUUUAACCUGAAGAACAAGCAGGGCAAAGAUGCACGCUACCAGAUUAAGAAGAAUGACGCUCUGCUCCUGGCCUGGAACAAAGCUGUGGCUGAGAACAAGAGGAAGAGCCGACAGAAUCCUGCCGCCCUCCUGGGGAAGCUCUCACGGCCCGUUGCCCCUGGGCACAUGUGCCAACUCAAGUUGCAGGGUUCCUUGAAAUCCCUGCCGUGUGAUACCAUUGUUGGAGUGCUGACCGAGGAAGGCACGACUCCUGACAGCUGGGAGACUCUCCCGGGAGCCCUCGUGACCAGACAGAAGCCGAGGUCCGUCAGACCACACUCCGUGAGAGAUUGCCUGGUGCAGGACAUCAUGGCUUUGAUUCAGCAGGUUGAACUGGACACAUUCCCCCCCGAGGACUGUCCUCAGCGAUCUGAACCGUGGAGCACAGAUACCAGCAUGAACAGAAAGAAAGUUGAACUCCAGAAAACCCUAGGCAACUCUGACUGUAGUGAGCACAAUCCUGCCAUCCCCAAGACAGGGGAAGGACAUCCUCAAGCAGGCCUUGGGGACUCCCAGCUCAUCCCUGUUGUGGGGAAGGGCAGCGUUGACCUGGACUGGAGCAUGCAGGAGAUUGAGGCCUACUUUCAGGACUUCGAUAACAUGACCUGGGAGAUUGAGUGCACUUCAGAAAUGCUUAAGAAGCUUUCCAGUAAGGUCAUGACCAAGGUCAUAAAGAAGAAAAUCAUCCUUGCCAUCCAGAAGCUGGGGAAUGGAGAGUGGACCCAGGGCUUGCAGAAGCGGUUGAAGCACCUGAAAGGAAGCAUCCAGCUGUUUGAAGCUAAGCUGGACAAAGGAGCGCGGAUGCUGUGGGAGCUUGCCAUCGACUUCUCCCCUCGAUGCAGUGAGAAUCCAGAAAAGACCAUCACCAUGGAGCGGAACACGUACACCGUGGGGAGAUCAGGGCGCGUUUACACUGAGAUCAUCCGCAUCUGGGAUGUUGUCUUAGAUCACUGCAAACUGUCUGAUUCUAUUAGGGCCGUCUGCAAUGCCUACAACCGGGGCUCGUCCUGCGUCCUGCGCAAGAAGCUGAAAGGCGUGAAUAAAGGUCAGGUGCUAGUGAACAAGAAAAUCCAAAGACACGUACCCCGUUGCUAUGUGGAGGACAUAGAGGAGGAGACAGAGUGUGUGGAUUUCGAGUAUUUUCCCCCAGCUAGUGUGGUGGGGACAGAGUAUAACAUCAUGAAGUUUCACAGCUUCAGCACCAACAUGGCCUUCAACAUCCUCAAUGACAUGACGGCCACAGUGGAGUAUCCCUUCAGACUGGGUGAGCUGGAGUACUCUGUGAUCGACCUCAACCCCAGACCACUGGAGCCCAUCAUCCUCAUUGGGCGCAGUGGCACUGGGAAGACCACCUGCUGCUUGUACAGGCUCUGGAAGAAAUUCCACAUUUACUGGGAAAAAGCCAAGCAGGCAGGAAGCCCACUGCUGACCAGACAGAUUUGUCCAAAGAGAAGGUUAAAAGUAGAACUUGGACAAGAGGUUUUAGACAGGGAGGAAGAGGAAGAAGAGGUGGAGGAAGAGUCAGGUUCCGCUGAGUCGGAAACAGUGGACAGUCCAGAUGAGGAGGAGAGGGAAGCCUGUGCAGGAGGAGACAAUGUGGAACUGGGUCAGGCAGCGGAAGGAUGCGGCUCAGGACGUUCCAGCCAGCUGGAACAUCUGCAUCAGCUCUUUGUGACCAAAAACCAUGUCCUGUGCCAAGAGGUGCAGAGGAAUUUCAUUGAGCUGUGCAAGUCUACCAAAGUCACCAGUCACUACAAACCCCUGGACCCUCAUGUGCACAAGCUCCAGGACCUGAGGGAUGAGAACUUUCCUCUGUUUGUGACCUCCAAACAGCUGCUCCUCUUGCUGGAUGCUUCUCUGCCUAAGCCAUUUUUUCUAAGAAAUGAAGAUGGGAGCUUAAAAAGAAACAUUAGGGGAUGGUCCACACAAGAGGACUUGGUCAUCCCCAGUUGGCAGGAGGAUGAGGAAGAGGCUGAGGCGGACGGCGAGUGUGGUAAAGAAGAUAAAGCUCUGGAAACCCAUGCAGGUGAUGGGGACCCCCGGGUGUAUGUGACGUUUGAGGUGUUUGCCAAUGAGAUAUGGCCCAAGAUGACCAAGGGGAAGUCCUCCUACAACCCUGCCCUGGUUUGGAAGGAAAUCAAGUCCUUUCUGAAGGGUUCUUUCGAAGCCCUCACCUGUCCCCAGGGCAGACUCACUGCAGAAGCCUAUGAGAAGUUAGGGAGGAAACGCUCCCCCAAUUUCAAGGAAGACCGGAGCAAGAUCUACAACCUCUUCUGUCUGUAUCAGAAGAUCAGAUCCCAGAAAGGUUAUUUCGAUGACGAAGAUGUACUGUACAACCUCUACUGGAGGGUGUCGGAGCUCAAGGUGCUGCCGUGGUCCAUCCACGAGCUCUACGGCGAUGAGAUCCAGGACUUCACCCAAGCCGAGCUGGUGCUGCUGAUGAAGUGCAUCAACGACCCCAAUGCCAUGUUCCUCACUGGAGACACGGCCCAGAGCAUCAUGAAGGGUGUGUCUUUCCGCUUCAGUGACCUGUGCUCGCUGUUCCACCAUGCCAGCAGAAGCACCGUGAACAAGCAGUAUGUCGUCCGGAAACCCAAGAAGAUCCACCAGCUGUACCAGAAUUACAGGUCUCACUCAGGAAUCCUCAACCUGGCAUCUGGAGUGGUGGAUUUACUUCAGUUCUAUUUCCCAGAAUCUUUCGAUCGCCUUCCUAGGGAUUCUGGCCUCUUCGAUGGUCCCAAACCAACCGUCCUGGAGUCCUGUAGUGUAAGCGACCUGGCAAUUUUGCUAAGAGGGAACAAAAGGAAAACGCAGCCCAUUGAAUUUGGAGCCCAUCAGGUAAUCCUUGUAGCCAAUGAAAUGGCUAAGGAGAAAAUUCCAGAAGAGCUGGGGUUAGCACUUGUGCUAACAGUGUAUGAAGCCAAAGGCUUAGAGUUUGAUGAUGUCCUCCUUUACAACUUUUUUACGGAUUCAGAGGCUUGCAAGGAGUGGAAGAUCAUUUCUUCAUUCACUCCUUCCUCAUCCGAGUUCAGAGAUGAAACCCAACCACUGGUUGAAGUGCCCUUAGAGAAACCAAGCUCCUUUCGGGGUCGAGCUGUCAUGACGAACCCAGAAAUGUACAAGCUCCUUAACGGAGAGCUGAAGCAGCUGUAUACAGCCAUCACGCGGGCUCGUGUCAACCUCUGGAUCUUCGAUGAAAACCGAGAGAAGCGGGCUGCUGCUUUCAAAUAUUUCAUUGGGAGGAAUUUUGUCCAAGUUGUGAAGACAGAUGAAAAUAAGGACUUUGAUGAUAGCAUGUUUGUUAAGACCUCCACUCCUGAAGAAUGGAUUGCACAAGGAGAGUACUAUGCCAAACACCAGUGCUGGAAGGUUGCAGCCAAGUGUUACCAAAAAGGAGGUGCAUUUGAGAAGGAGAAGUUGGCUCUGGCCCACAACGCUGCUGUGAACAUGAAAAACAAGAAAGUUAGCCCCAGGGAAAAGCAGUUGGAAUAUUUGAAACUGGCUAAAACCUAUUUGGAAUGCAAGGAGCCAAAGCUGUCUCUGAAGUGCCUGAGCUGUGCCAAGGAGUUCCAGCUCUCUGCCCAGCUGUGUGAGAAGCUGGGAAAGAUAAGAGAUGCUGCCUAUUUCUACAAACGAAGCCAGUGCUACAAGGAUGCUUUCAGAUGCUUCGAGCAGAUUCAGGAAUUUGAUCUGGCUCUCAAAAUGUACUGCCAAGAGGAGCUUUUUGAAGAAGCGGCUGUCGCAGUGGAAAAGUAUGAAGAAAUGCUGAAGACCAAGACCUUCCCCAUUCCCAAGCUCUCCUACUCUGCCAGUCAGUUUUACUUGGCAGCUGCGGCCAAGCAUCUGAGUGCCAACAGGACUGAGGAGAUGCUGGCCGUCCUGUCGAAGCUGGAUGUGGAAGACCAGCUGGUAUUCCUGAAAUCUCGGAAGUGCCUGGCAGAAGCCGCAGACCUGCUCGACAGGGAAGGGCGCAGGGAAGAGGCCGCCCUGCUGAUGAAACAGCAUGGUCAUCUCCUGGAGGCUGCUAGACUCACAGCUGACAAGGACUUCCAGGCUUCCUGUCUGCUGGCAGUGGCUCGCCUGAACGUGGCCAGGGAGGCUGACCUGGAACAUACCAAGGUCAUCCUAAGGGAAGCACUGGAUCUCUGCUAUCAAACCAGCCAGUUGUCUGGCAUGGCAGAGGCCCAGUUCCUGCAGGGGGUCAUCCUGAAAGACUUCCAGAAGCUCAAGGAUGCCUUCUUCAAGUUCGACAUGCUCAACCACUCGGCCGGAGUGGUAGAAGCACUCUAUGAAGCAGUCAGUCAGUGUGAGGCUGAGUCCGAGAAGGUUCUGGCCCUGGCUCCAGGGGGCUUGGAAGUCCUCCUCAGUCUGGUCAGGGCCCUGGCGAGAGUGACCACCAAUGCUGAGAAGGAGAUGGUCAAGUCUUGCUUUGACUUUUUUGGGAUUUCUCAGGUGGAUGCCAAGUAUUGCCAGAUAGCUCAGAAUGAUCGUGGGCCCAUAUCAAGACUCAUUUUUGACCUGGGCUUGAACUUGCGAGAGAGGAAAACAAAAGACUAUUUCUUGAUAAUGACGGAACAGGUGAAACUGGCCCUUAACAAACACCUUCUGAACAGGCUGUGUCAGAUCACACGGAGCCUACUUGGGAAGACCUACCCUGGGGUGUGCAGCAGGUUUAUCGUAGGCUUAAAAUGUAAGGAGAAAAGCUGCGAGGAUUUCCACAGGCCUCUGCGGCGUUGCGAGGCCAAGUGUUUGGUGCAGUCAAAAAUGCACCUGGUGUCGAUCAACGGAUUGCUUCUGGAAGCCAAAAGAGUAUUCCCUGAAGUCUUAGCCGAAGAACUGAAAGAGAUCGAUUGUAUUCUGUCUACAGAUAGGUAUGGCCUUUGCAAGUCCUUCCUAAGUGUCCUCUUCCCGAAGCAUUUCCAUCAGAGAGUGUUGUCGGAAAACCCCAUGGCGUGCAAAGAAAUCCUCAAACCAGAUUACAAAUGCUUCCGCUCCUACAGGUGUGCUCUGAAAGAGUACAUCCAUUUCUUGUUCCAGAACGAGAGGGCGCGCAGCCGCCGGGAAUCCACGGACCUGUGGCUCAGCGCCAUGCAGGCUUUCCUUCUGUCCUCCCACUACCCAGAGGAGUUUGAAAAGCUGCUCCACCAGGAGGAGGACAACUACCACAGGGAACUCAGAGCUCUGGAGUCUGAAGGAGAGGACCAGGAGGGCCGGGGGAGAGGCAGCAGGAUGAAGAGAAUAGAAGGGAAGUUUGGCAUGCUGCUUCCCAAUAAAGACAAUGACAGUGUAGAGAAGACCCACUUGUGCUUCAUCCGCCUGCUGGAAAACUGUAUCGACCAAUUCUAUGUGCACAGGAACCCGGAAGACUACAAGAGGCUCUUCUUCCGUUUCAUGAACGUUCUCAUCAAGAGGUGCAAGGAGCCACUCAUCCCCAGCAUUGGAAACACAGUGGCCUUAUUGGAGUGCCAGUUUGUCCACUGUGCCGUGGUGCUGGCCCGCCUCUGGAAGAACGGCAUCCUGUGCCUCCCCAAAAGCUACAUCGCGCUCCUACACUACUGGGAGUUCCUGUUCACCAAGAAGGACAAGGAGCAUGGGGAUGCUUUCUCCAUCAUUCAGGACUACAAACCCAAGGAUGUGACAAGAGCCAUUCAGGACUUCCGGUUCCACCUCUCCUACCUCGUGAAGGUGCUGUGUGGCUACGAGAACGUGCACUUCAAUGUCCUGCUCGACGCCUUCAGUGAAAUCGCCUACGUGGUCUCAGGCGAGGCUGAGCGGACGCUGGUGCUGUGCUUGGUGCUGUUGGUGAAUGCCGAGGAAGUCCUGCAGCCGUACUGCAAGCCCCUUCUCUACCGCCACUUCCAGGAGAUCCAGAGGAGGCUGCAGCUGAUGCGCGUGGAGUGUCCAGGUCAGGUUCCCAAGAGACUCGUGAAGGUGGUGAAGCGGGUGUUGGCAGCAGUCAGUAUGAAGUCGGUGGUGGAAGCGCUGCAGGAUCUGCUAUAUGAGCGCGACGAGGAGUACCUGAUGGACUGCCAGUGGCGGUGGGACAGCGUGCAGACCCAAGGGCCCGUCGUCCGUGGGCUUUACCACGAAGAAGUCAAACUGAGCCGCUUGCUCAACAUGGACCCCGUGAACUCCUUUGCAGAAUCUGAGUGUGAGUUAGGUCAGGAUGAGACUGACGAGCUGGCACUGGAAGACCGGGACCACUUCCUGGCUGCCAUCCUUCUGCAGAAGCAGAGGAAGGCCUCCAUCCACCGCAAGCUAAGGAGAGUGUGCCUCGUGGUGUCGCUCUGCGUCAGCUGGAGGAGAAGGGUGAGCACCCAGGCGGAGUGCACCCCAGACGAGACCAGGGAGGCAGGAACUGGGAAUUUCAAAAAGGCUGAUGUGGACAGCACCCAGUGUGACCUGUGUGGAGUCAAGUUCAGCCGCUGCCCGGAGAGCUACCUGAGCUCCAGCAAAGCGUUCGUGGGAACAGCUUCAGAAGUCAUGGUCCUCUCCGGGGCUGAGCUGGCAGGGAAGGAGUGCCUGGAGAGGAACAGCGAGUCUUACGAGCAGCACAUCCACCUAGAAGGCCACAAGAAACAGCAAGCGGCCUACCAGAAGUACAAGGAGUUCUUCCAGGAGAAGGUGGACCCAGCCAUUGCGGAAGGGAAGCUGGUGAUGCGGGACAUCGAGCAGAGCAUUUGGAUCCGCAGUCACGUGGGCUCCAAAGAGCACAGCCACAUGCUGCAGGGGAAGGUGCAGGAACACAUCAAGAGGGUGUUGGAUAUGGUGGAGGAUCUCUACAGGAGGAAGGCUUGGGCUGCAGCGGAAGAGGGGAUGACUCGGCUGCUCAACAUCUUGAUCCUGUCAGUCAAGGAUGCAAAGGAGUGGUUCGUGAAAACAGAGGCCCGCCUCAAAGAAGAAGGUAUUGUCCAGGAAGAUCAUUACGAAAACGAAGUUGAAGACUUUGGUGAGCUGUGUCCCAGAAGACGUCCACGGAAAUGUGGAAAGCAGAGAAAAUUCUAAAGUUGACACACUUGCUGCCACCUAAACCUUGAGAACAUUCCAUCCUAACUUAGAACUCUUUGUGCGGGGCGAGGGGCGGGGCAGGAGAGGAAAAGGAUAUAAGCUCUCAUAAAAACAGAGCAGAGGAGUCUAGCCACACCUUUGCUGUUCGCCCCCCCUUGUUUCUCUUAGUGCCUCUGGCCUCUGCAGGGACCUCUGAAGUUCAAGUCCAGCAGUAUUCGUUGCCCCCAAGUGCUUGGAUCAGAGGAGUCAUCAGCUGGGGUCCCCACUUCACCUUGGCCUUGGCUCUUUCCUGUCCUGAGGAAGGUCAGUAGCGGGGGGACGAAGUGUUUCCGACGGAUUCCCUCCCCUGCUGCCUCGCUGCUG